UCAUACUACAAGUUGGUAGCAACGUUGUCGCCAUUUUGUAGUGGUGUUUAAGAGGUGAAGAUGCUGUUUGUUUCGAUGUAUUUGGAGAACUGAGAAUUAGUGUCACGCUCACCUUGUACCUGAGAAAAUGACGCAGUUUCUACCACCAAACUUGUUAGCCCUCUUUGCUCCACGGGAUCCUAUACCAUAUUUACCACCCGUUAGCAAGCUCCCGCAUGAGAAGAAGAAUGGAGGCUAUAUCGGCGUUGGAGUUUUCCUUAAAUAUUUCGAGGAUCCCAAAGACACACCGCCACCGGUACGCGUGGAAACCAGAGAAGAACGUCUUGAACGUAGAAGAAGAGAGCGCGCGGAGCAAGUGGCGUAUAAAUUAGAACAAGAAAUCGCGGUAUGGGAUCCUGCUGGUAUACCAAAUGUAACAGCAGAUCCUUUCAAAACCCUUUUUGUAGCUCGAAUAAACUACGAUACAUCUGAGUCUAAACUUAGGAGGGAAUUUGAAGUAUAUGGUCCAGUAAAAAAGAUAGUGGUAAUUCACAAUACAAUAAAUGGGAAGCCUAGGGGAUAUGCUUUCAUUGAGUAUGAGCACGAAAGAGAUAUGCACUCGUGGUGGCCGCUGCCGGCAACUAGUGCCGUUCACUAUUCCAUGCAAUCCCUGAACCUGCCUGAUAUGAUAGCUGCUUAUAAGCAUGCGGAUGGUAAGAAAAUAGAUGGUCGCAGAGUGUUGGUCGACGUGGAACGGGCUAGGACUGUCAAAGGAUGGCUUCCACGAAGGCUCGGCGGUGGACUAGGAGGGACGCGUAGGGGUGGACCUGAUGUAAACAUUAAACAUUCUGGUCGGGAGGAUAAUGAGAGAGAACGGGAACGGUACCGUUUAGAACGGGAGAGGGAGAAUUCUGGACGCCUUGAUAGAGACAGAGAUCGCGAUCGUUUGGACAGAGAACGUAGAAGGUCACGUGAUCGUAAGAGAAGGUCGAGAAGUAGGUCGCGCGAUCGAAAGCGUAGACGAAGUCGCGAUCGUUUACCUGAUCCUGACAUCGAAGAGAUACAAAGGGACGAACGACCUCGAGACAGAAGGGACCGUGAUCGUGAUCGUGAUCGUGACAGGGAUCGUAAGCGAAGACGUUCCAGGAGUAACGAGCGUGAUCGUGACAGGGAUCGCAAGAGAGAUAAGCGCGAUCGCGAUCGCGAACGUAGAGAUAGGAAAGAUCGGGGUGAUCGUCAAGACGAAGACACGAAAGAAAUUCGAAUUAAAGAAGAACCUUUGGAUGAUUACCCUGAUUAUAGCAAUACGUUCUCAACGUCUGGAUCAUACUUUACCGCUGUAAAAUACGAAGAUGACAAUGACCAGGAAGUUGAAGAGAAGUAUAGAAUUCCAGAAGGUCGUCCAGAUCCCCCUCCCUACAAUAAUUACGACUCCGUACAGGACUAUUGAUCUCAAUAAAUAUUUCUCAUAUUGUUCUUUUUCCGUUACCACGCACGAUUAACGCAAUUGUCAAUAAUGUAUUGUAUUUCCUAUUGUUAUUAGUGUAAAACAGAACCGACUGUAUUGAGUAUCUAGUUUCUGUAUUAUUGUACAGUGAUCAGGUACUCGGUAAGGAUAUUGCAAGGUAAGCAGAUCUGGACUACUGAUUUAUAUGCAGUUAUUUCUACCCCGGUUGAGUCGAAAUUUUAUAUAUUUAUGAUUGGUACGAAGGUAACUUCCGGAAAUGAAUUUAGACGCAUUGAAUACUGUCAGAAGGUACAUUCAUGAAUUACAGUUGUAGCAGUCUGUGUGAAACCUCGCAAUAUGUGGAACAGAAAGGUCCAUAAAUAUUCGAAUUUUAUUGUGGCUACUAUAAUUUCCAUAUUCUCUAUAUAUGUAAAUAAGUAUAUACAAACAUACUACACGAAUUUAGU